CUUCAUAAAUGAAACCUCCUUACAUCACAAUGUUUUCGAUUCUUGUUCUUGUUCUCUUAUCAUUGUCAGGGACAACUUCAGCUCAAAACCAUGAGGAUUUCCUUCAUUGUCUUUCCUCUCAUCAUUCCGAUGACUCUUCUUCCAUUUCUAAAGUUAUUUAUACACGAAAUAAUUCAUCAUAUUCCUCCAUUUUGGAGUCUUCUAUUCGAAAUCUUAGAUUCUCUGAACCAGCUACCCCUAAACCUUUAGUCAUUGUGACACCAUUGCAUGCUUCCCAUAUUCAAACUACAAUAUAUUGCUCAAAAAAACACGAGCUUCAAAUUAGAAUUAGAAGUGGUGGUCAUGAUUUGGAAGGUCUUUCUUAUGUUUCCAAAGUUCUAUUUGUUAUCCUUGAUUUAGUUCAUCUUCGAGCAGUUGAUGUUAACAUAGAAAGUAAAGUUGCAUGGGUUCAAUCUGGUGCAACUAUUGGGGAACUAUAUUAUGGAAUUGCUAGAAAAAGUAAAACUCUAGCUUUUCCUGCUGGUAAUUGUCACACUAUGGGAGUUGGGGGGCACUUCAGCGGCGGAGGUUAUGGUUUAUUAUUUCGAAAAUAUGGUCUUGCUAUUGAUAAUAUAAUUGAUGCUCAAUUUAUCGAUGUUAAUGGGAGAAUUCUCAAUAGAAAAUCCAUGGGAGAAGAUUUGUUUUGGGCAAUUAGAGGAGGUGGAGGAGGUAGCUUUGGAAUUGUCCUCGCAUGGAAAGUAAAGUUGGUUCAUGUCUCAGAAACUGUAACGGUAUUCGCAAUCAACAAGACCUUGGAGCAAAAUGCGAUUAAACUUGUUCAUCGCUGGCAAUAUGUUGCACCUAAGCUUCCUCAUGACAUAUUCUCUAUUGUUUCCCUAACAAAGGUGAACUCUAGUCAAGAUGGGAAAAGGACAACUCUAGCUUUCUUUAGCUCCUUUUAUCUUGGUGGGGUUGAUGAGCUCAUUGCAUUGAUGCAGGAGAGAUUUCCUGAGCUUGGAUUAAGAAAGGAAGAUUGUACUGAAAUGAGUUGGAUUGAAUCUGUUAUCUACUUUGGCCAAAUUCAAAAUGGAACUGUGGAUAUUUUACUUGAUAGGAGUUACAAGACUACUCUUGUUAGUCCUUCAUUCAAAGCAAAAUCUGAUUAUGUGAAGGAACCUAUUCCUGAAAUUGCAUUCACAGGAAUAUUGUCAAAACUUUAUGAGACAGAAGCAGAAGUUGCUGGUAUCGGUUUUGUUGCUUAUGGAGGAAAAAUGGAUGAGAUUCCAGAGACUGCAACUCCAUUCCCACAUAGAGCUGGCAACUUAUACAAGGUCAUAUAUAAUGUGGGUUGGAAAGAGGAAGACAACGUAAACUCUCAAAAGUACCUGAGUUGGAUUAGAGAUUUUUAUAGCUACAUGAGCUCAUUUGUUUCAAAAUCUCCACGAGAAGCUUAUCUUAAUUAUAGAGAUCUUGACAUCGGACUUAAUAACGAAGGUAAUACAAGUUUUGUGCAAGCAAGUAUUUGGGGUCGUAAAUAUUUCAAGGAAAACUUUGACAGGUUAGUACAUGUGAAGACAAUAAUUGAUCCCAAAAAUUACUUCAAGCAUGAACAAAGCAUCCCUCCUCUUUUUCCUUGAUUAACGAAAGCAUGUCAAUCGAGUAAGUUGACAAUAAAAGUCUGUUAGACAAUAAAACUUUGUUAAGAAAGUGAUUUGGAUGGAAAAUUAUAUUAAAUAAUAGAAAGUUCAGUGAGUUUUUUUAUUACUAUU